GAUAUCUCGAGCGGCCCAACACAAGCGUGGAAUCAGGGAGAGUGUGCGUGCUCGUGCCAACAAAUCACCAGACGGCUCGACGGUGUCUUCUCAGUCGACCGGCGGGGUCAUCGACUCAUCGUCUCUCCUGCGGCGGCAAGAUCAGAAGCUACUAAGCUAGCGACGGAUCGCCUUUUCUCCUCCGCACAAGUUAAGCAUUUCUUCCUCCGCUCCCCCCGGGGGCCUCGAUUCUUCCGUUAAACCAUGGGCUCUUCAAUCUCGGCGGCGGCGCCGCCGCCAAGCUCUCCGUUCCCCAGCUGGCUGCAGCUUUCCAUCUAGCCGGAGGCGCUAUGGACGCCGAUCUCUUCCACCGGUUGCUUCCGAGAUUCCCUCAGAGCCCACUUAACCCGGGGAAGAGGGGCGGGUCCUGAACUGCUGAUGCUUCUCGAUCUGUGGCGUGUUUGGCCAAGUUGCUGAUGCGGCUCGUGGGAUGCUGAAGGGAGCAGUUGAACACACCCACCUCAGAGCGGCAAAUAAAUGCAGUACAGUAUCAAGAAAGACCCAACUGUAUUUAUUGGAAAAGGAAAUGCCAUGUGCGUUCAGAUAAAAAUGUCUCGAUCGAAGCGUGCAGGCAUUGUAGCUGCACAUGUCCACGAGGAUCGCCAGGUCUGACUGCAGAGAAACAUUAUUAAGUCUUGUUGCGUCCCAUGAAAGAGGUUGCUGCUGAGAUUAAUUCGGGCAUAAAUCCCCUCGCAAGGGAGCGAGUCAACGACUAUGCACACAAAGGCACAAGCAUAGAUGGGUAUGGGUGCUACUGCCUUCUUCUACCUCCUGCUGUCCCUCUGGCUCUGGGUUCAGGAUGCUGCUGCUGCGACCGGUCUUGGCUUCACAAGAAGUGAUUUCCCACGGGAAUUCGUCUUUGGAGCUGGAACCUCGGCAUACCAAUAUGAGGGUGCUGUCGCUGAGGAUGGCAGGAGCCCAAGCAGUUGGGACACUUUCACUCACGCAGGCAAAAUGCCAGACAAAAGCACGGGAGAUGUUGCUGCAGAUGGGUACCACAAAUACAUGGAGGAUGUGAAGCUCAUGUCUGAGACGGGUCUAGAGGCCUAUAGGUUCUCCAUCUCCUGGUCAAGGCUCAUUCCAAAUGGACGUGGAGCUGUCAAUCCCAAAGGGCUACAGUACUACAAUAACCUCAUUGAUGAGCUAGUGAAUCAUGGAAUUCAAGUCCACAUCACACUUCACCAUCUAGAUCUUCCCCAGAUUCUUGAAGAUGAGUAUGGUGGAUGGUUAAGCCCCAGAAUUAUCGAAGAUUUCACAGCAUAUGCAGAUGUUUGCUUCAGGGAGUUUGGAGAUAGGGUUGCAUCUUGGACGACAGUGAAUGAGCCAAACAUUGGUAUAUUGGCCUCUUAUGAUGUUGCUAUAUUCCCUCCUGGCCGUUGCUCGAAUCCAUUUGGAGCAACAAAGUGCACCGCUGGGGACUCUAGUGUCGAACCAUACAUAGCAGCUCAUAAUACAAUUAUGGCGCAUGCAUCGGUUGCCAGUCUGUACAGAAAAAAAUAUCAAGCCAUGCAAAAAGGAGUUAUUGGCAUAAGUAUCUACUCCUUCUGGAGUUAUCCAUUGACAAAUUCCACUGUGGAUUUAGAUGCAACUUGGAGAUGUAAAGAUUUCUUCUUCGGCUGGAUACUAGAUCCAUUGGUGUUUGGGGACUACCCACAAGUAAUGAAGAAGAAUGUUGGGUCUCGCCUUCCACCCUUCACGGAAGUUCAGUCUGAACUUAUCAAGGGUUCUUUAGAUUUUAUUGGAAUAAAUCACUACUACUCUCUCUACGUGAAUGAUCGCCCUCUAGAAACAGGCGUUCGAGACUACAGCGCAGACAUGUCAGUUAGUUUAAGGGGUUCUAGGAUAGACCCACCAUCUAGUCAGGGCUUCCCAGUAAAUGUUCCAAGUGAUCCCAAAGGGUUGCAACUUCAACUGGAGUACCUGAAAGAAACCUACGGGAACCUUCUGGUCUAUGUUCAAGAGAAUGGUAUGGGGUCUGCCGAUGAUAGCCUAGAUGACACGGGCAGGGUCGGUUUCCUGAGCAGCUACAUGGAAAGCACACUAAACGCGAUGAGGAACGGGGCCGACGUGAGAGGCUAUUUCGCCUGGGCAUUCAUGGAUUUGUUUGAGCUCCUGUCCGGGUACCAGUUGAGGUACGGGCUGUACCGGGUCGACUUCGCUGACGAGAGGCUGCCACGGCAAGCUAGGCUCUCGGCUCGCUGGUAUUCCGGCUUCCUCAAGCACAACAGAACCUCUGCCCUGCUGUCGAGAACGCCGGUGAACCAGGCACUGAACUCGGUGUCCUGACUCCCGUCUUUGAGUCCAGUGCAACCGUGCAUGCGUGCGCGAGAUGUUUCGAUCAGAAAGCGUGAUUCUUGGAUUACAUUAGUACUAUUAGAAACCAAUACUCCUGUGACCACUAUUUUCUUAAGUAUUUUCUUUAGGACACCAGUGAUAUGAGAGCAUGAUAUGGCGCUGAGAAAUGUCACAUUUGGUAAAAUAUGAGAAGGUCAUGGUAAGCUUGGUCUCGGUGACCAUGAGAGCUUGUUUAUCAUCUCGAGAUGAUCAUGACAGCCACUUGAAACAUUGAAAUUAUAUGUGUAUGCUUUA